AUGUCAACUACUACACUCAACGAUGAAAUCCUUCGUCUUCAAUCAAUCACAAAUAUUUUGAAUGGUUAUGUAAUGCUUGUUCUCAUCAUUUUUGGUACUGUAGAACUUCGUCGAAUGCCAAAUUCUGUAUUUUUGAUCAGCACAUCCAUCGGUAGUCUAGUUCUAUUAUGGGCAACACGUUUUCCUCGAUCUAUACUAGCUAUUACGGAUAUUGAUCUAUUAGUUAAUUCACCAAUCUAUUGUAAAAUUCGAUGGUUACUUGGACGUUGGGGUUUGAACAUGCCAGUGACAUGUGUAUGUUUGUCAAGUAUCGCUUGCUUUCUUAUUACUUCACGUAAUGUACACUAUCGUCAUUUUUUGACUGUACAACGAGCUUGUUUUAUUGUGAUUAUAUUCAGUAUAAUAUAUUUAAUUAUCUGUAUGCCAGACGCCAUCUAUUAUAAGGUACCUGGAUGUACAGCAUCGGCGAAUGCUCGUUUUAUUAUACUCACAUGGAAUAAUCUUCGACUUUCGAGAUUUGUCAAACGUAGUCGUUUUCAAGAACAAGUCAAUCAAAUGAUGGUUGCUGAAUUUAUUUUGGUACUCGUAACUGCAACUCCUACUUUCGUAUUCAAUAUAUAUCAACAAGUCACACAAUCAGUCAGAAAAUCUGACUUAAGACUUGCACAAGAAAAUCUUUGGUCAACUGUAGGUGCCGUUAUUAAUUUUACAAUGCAUACAGGAACGUUCUAUGUUUAUGUAAUUGUAUCUCGUGCAUACAGACAAAAUGUACUAACAGCUAUAUGUUGGAAAAAACGCAACCGUAUUCUACCAAAACAUACACAUACUCCACAUGAACAAAUAGUUCAUUCUCUUAGUAGACGAACAACUCGUUGA